AUGCGUGUAUUUGGGGCCUCACUCUUUGUGCUCAAGGCGAUAAUUUGGCUGCCCAUUGCGGUGUACGUGCCCGCGCUAACCUUCAAUCAAGUCAGUGGCAUUGGAGUGCAUACCAUAACACCAAUUGUGAUCGCCAUUUGCACCUUCUAUACCACUGUCGGAGGCAUUAAAGGCGUCGUCUGGACGGAUGUGGUACAAAGUGUUAUUAUGUAUGGCUCACUGGUGAUCAUUAUGAUCAAGGGUACCCUGGAUCUCGGCGGGCUAGGUGUAGUCUGGCAGCGUAAUUUGGAGGGCGGUCGGCUCAAUGUGCCUGACUGGAGUCUGGACCCAACAGUGCGCAUGAGCGUCUUUUCGGUGUUUGUAGGCGGUACUUUCUUCAAGCUGCAGAACACCUCGAUCAAUCAAGCCACCAUACAGCGUUUUAUGAGCUUACCCUCUUUAAAGCAUAUCCAGCAAACACUCUUCACCUUUAGCAUUGGGUUGAUUCUACUCUAUAUGAGCUGUGUCUAUGUGGGUCUGGUGUGCUAUGCCACGUAUUAUGAUUGCGAUCCAAUGACCACGGGACUGGCUGGACGUCGGGAUCAGCUGGUGCCGCUGAUGGUUAUGCGCGUGCUUGGCGUUGUGCCUGGACUGCCGGGUAUGUUCGUCUCCGCCGUAUUCAGCGCUGCUCUAAGCUCGCUCUCAACGCUGCUCAACUCUUUGGCGGCCGUCAUACUGGAGGACUUCGUUAAGCCACGUAUGCGCACUAAGCCCAUGACUGAGCGCACAGUAGCAUUGAUAAUGCGUCUGGUGGUGAUUGUAUUUGGCAUUAGUUCUAUAUUUAUGGUCUAUGUGGUUGAGCAUCUGGGCAUGGUGCUGCAGCUGUCGGCCACACUACAGUCCAGCUUAUACGGUCCCAUGCUAGGCAUCUUUACCGUGGGCAUGUUAAUGCCCUGGGUGGGCGAGAAGAGCAUGUUUUUAAGCAGCGUUCUAUCAUUUGCUAUUAUGGCUUGGAUAACGGUCAAUGCACAAAUUGCAAAUGUGAGCGGCUCAUUUCGUCAUACCAAGCUGCCAGUUUCUGUGGAGCAUUGUGACUAUGAGUUUGAUAUGAAUCGCUAUCUAAACUCAACAGCGGAAUAG